GCAAAAACCGCAUUUCACAAAGAACAGAACGUGAUAAACAAAGUUCUGGAAGUAUUUCCACAUUUCUUGGACUGCCAGGCGGAUUUGCGUGACGUACAACAGCUGCGGAAACAUAUCGAAGGCCUUUUUGCGGAAACUCGAGUCAAUGGCAGAAGAGGCACGCGUUUUCAAAUCAGUAACGUGGUGGCACAGAAUGCUCGUGAAACGACGUUUACUUUUGAGGAUCGUGAAAUUUCGGUGGAGCAUUACUAUCGCCGCAAGUACAAUAUACGUCUUGAAUGCCCGGAGGCGCCGUUGUUGACAAGUCAACGUGGCUCGCAGACCGAUUAUUUUCCGAUGGAAAUAUCGUACAUUUUAGGCGGACAACGUGUACAACAGUCUCAGCAAACUUCGCAGCAGUUAAGAGGAAUGAGAGAGGUAUGA